ACCUAUACUCUGCUCUUCCCCAAGAAGUGAACUCUGGAAGUGGGAAUGGGCCCAGUGCUCCUGACAGCCAGGACCCCUGAGGAAACUGAGGCCCUGACCACACUGGUAAGAAGGAGCAGAACCAGGACUUGAAUCCCCAGGAGCACUUUGCUCAGAACCACUUGGAGUCUGGACCAUUCCACAGCAAGGGGGAAGGGCAUUCCCCCACCAGGCCUACCAGUAAUAAAUGUGAGAGCCGGAAUAUCAGGAGGGCUUUGAAUGCCUGGUCAGUGAGGUCUCAGUAGUCUAGAGAGUGGCACCCAACGAGGGUGAGAUGCCAGGGGCCAGUGACCUUUCAGGAUGUGGCGGUAGUCUUCACUCGGGAGGAGUGGCGUUACCUAGACCCUUCUCAGAAGGAGCUGUACCGAGAUGUGAUGCUGGAGAACUACAGAAACCUUCUUUACCUGGGACUUGUCGUUUCCAAGCCAGAUGUGAUUUACCAGUUUGAACGAGGAGAAGUCCUUUGGAGGCCAGACAGGAGAGUCCCAGGAAGCAUCUGUCCAGCUGGGGAGACUGGGCCUGAGUGCAAGGAGUCAACGGCAAAGUGGAACAUUUCUGUGGAGUGUUCAUCCCCAAACAGCCUCACGAGUUCUGGUCUUUGUGUCUUCAGCUUGAAAGAACCCUGGGAAUUUGAUAUCAGGUUAGGGGAACAGAAGAGCAUUGAGGAGAAAAAUUCCCCGGAACAAAAGAAAAGUUUCAAACAAAUGAUAAUCAAUGAAUGUAAUAAAUACAGCCAGAUCUUCAGUCUAGAACCAAAACUUUUUCCACAAGAAGUAUCUGUAGAAAAGAAUCUUUACAGAUAUAAUGACCACGGAAAGAGCUUCAUUCUGUCUUCAGACUCAAGGAAAUGUAAUAGAAUCUGCUCAAAGGAGACAUUUUCUCAGUAUAAUGAAUAUGGGAAAUCUUUUGACUCUAAAUUAGAUUUUGUUGAAUAUCGUAGACUCUAUCCUGGAGAGAAACCUAAUGAUUAUAAUGAACAUGAAAAAGCCAUCGAUCUCAGUCCAUUUACUGAUUCCUAUCAGUCAAUUGAUGUUGAAGAGAAAACCCCUAAAUGUAGUAAGUCUGGAGAGGCUUCCCCCCAAAAUAUAAAACUUCUUAAACAGAGAAUUCACACUGAAGAAAAACCUUAUGAAUGUAAUGACUGUGGGAAGGCCUUCCGCCUGAAGGAGCCCCUUCUUCAACAUCAGAGAAUUCAUACUGGAGAGAAACCUCAUAAAUGUAGUGACUGUGGGAAGGCCUUCAGCCAGAGAGGACAUCUUACUCUACAUCAGAGAAUUCAUACUGGAGAAAAACCUUAUGAAUGUAAAGAAUGUGGAAAGGCCUUCCGCCUGAGAGAUCCACUUAUUCAGCAUCAACGAAUUCAUACUGGAGAGAAGCCUCAUAAAUGUAAUGAAUGUGGAAAGGCUUUCUCUGUGAGGACAGAUCUUACCAGACAUCAGAGAAUUCAUACUGGGGAAAAGCCUUAUGAAUGUAAUGAAUGUGGAAAGGCAUUCCGUGUGAGGGCAGAGCUUACGCGACAUCAGAGAGUUCAUACUGGAGAAAAACCUUACGAAUGUAAUCAAUGUGGGAAGGCCUUCCGAUUGAGCAAAGACCGUACCCGCCAUCAGAGAAUUCAUACUGGAGAGAAACCUUAUGAAUGUAAUGACUGUGGAAAGGCAUUCUGCCGGAGAGAACCUCUCAUACAACAUCAGAGAAUUCAUACUGGAGAGAAACCUCAUAAAUGUGGUGAAUGUGGAAAAGCCUUUGGCCUCAGAAGACAGCUUAUGGAACACCAGAGAAUUCAUAGUGGAGAAAAGCCUCAUAAAUGUAAUGAAUGUGGGAAGGCUUUCUUUGUAAGGACAGAUCUUACCAGACAUCAGAGAAUUCAUACUGGAGAAAAACCUUAUGAAUGUAAUGAAUGUCAGAAAGCCUUCCAUGUGAAAACAGAGCUUACUAGACAUCAGAGACUUCAUACUGGGGAAAAACCAUAUGAAUGUAAUCAAUGUGGAAAGACCUUCCGCCUGAGCAAAGAGUGUAGCCGACAUCAGAGAAUUCAUACUGGCGACAAACCUUACAAAUGUAAUCAGUGUGGGAAGGCCUUCUGUGUGAAGACAGAGCUUACACUCCAUCAGAGGAUUCACACUGGAGAGAAACCUUAUAAAUGUAAUCAGUGUGGGAAGGCCUUCCGCCUAAGCACACAGCUUACCCAACAUCAGAGAAUUCAUACCGGAGAGAAACCUUAUAAAUGUAAUCAGUGUGGGAAGGCCUUCCGCCUGAGUACACAGCUUACCCAGCAUCAGAGAAUUCACAUUGGAGAGGAACUUUAUGAAUAAUUAAUUGGAAAGACAGGUGAUGUGAAAAGCCAACAUUUUACCUGACAGUUAUAUUCAUGCCUGGUAGGAAUAUUACCUGUAAUGAGUGUGACAAGGCCUACCUGGGUGUAUAUAUGGCCGAAUAUAAGCUUAUAGUUCUGGAACUGAAAGGGACCCUAGAGAUCAUCAAACCCAAUCCUCAUUUUAUAAUUAAAGAAACUGGGGCCAGGGAGAUAAAUUAUUUGUCCAAGGUCACACAGAAGGGGGGAAUAUGAACUCGGGCCUCAUGGCUCAAGUUCAACACUUUUCUACUGAAUCAUGCUGCCUUGUCCUAAACAUGAUAGAUAGAAACCAUUCCAGUGGCAUGAAUGUGAAAAAGCUUUCUUCCAAAGUAUAGAGCUUUCUUGACAGCGAGUAUUCACAUCAGAAAAAGCUUCUACAUUAAAUUAUUUGAUAAGGCCUUCUGCCUCAGUUUGUAUCUGACCCAAAGUCAGAGAAUUUAUCUUGAAGAGAAAUUUUAUGAAUGUAAUUAACAUAGGAAGGCCUUCCUAAGAGAACAAUGUACUCAGCGCCGGAGAAUUUGAGAGACAAAACUUAGGAAUAAAUGAAUGUGGGACAGUAUUGCCUAUGAAUGCAGAGCUUACUUGACAUCACAGAAUUCAUACUAGAGAAAUUUUUUUUUAAAAAACGUAGGCCUCUUAAUGGAAUGAAGAGUUUUACAUCAGAGCAUUUCUGUUCAAGAGAUUCUGAUUGGAAUGCAGGUGGGAAGACUUCAUCAGUGCAAGCUUAUGCUGCAUCAAAGAAUCUACACUACAGAAGGACCUUAUGGCUAAAAUAAACCCUAGGUCUUCUGCCAGGGUAAAGAGUCUACUCAACCAUUAGUUUGUACUGGAGAGAUAAACAUGAUAAACCCCUUCAAUCAGAAGUUACACCUUUAUUCAAAAAAUAGAAUUUGCUUUAAAAACAAAAAGGUUUUUUGCAAUCAUGAGUUCAGAAAGACUUUUUUUUCCUGCCCUAUAAAAACAUCGAUGAGUUUUAAAAACCUCUCCAGCUAUAUCACAUCAGCUUAAACACACAAUUCCAGAGUGUUUAUAUAUGUAAUUAUCCUAUUGAGGCUUUAGGCAAAAACCACUGUCAUU